UUUGCUUCUAUCAUAUUCAUAUUCAUACCUCAACUCAACUUACUCUCCCUUCUCCCUUCACUAUAUAAAUUAUAACUUAAUUGCACCCACCUCACUUCUCAUCCCUCCUCCCACUUUCUCUCUCUACACUCCAUCUCCAUCGUCCUCACCCACCAUUCUCAGACCAGAUAUGCCUGAGCCACCACCCUGUUCAGCCUCUUCAGCUUCAUCAGCGUCCUCAUCCUCCUCCGCUGAUAACCCGUGUCAAAACAAGUGCAAGAAAAGAGCUAGGGAUAGUGGGAACAAGCACCCAGUUUACAGAGGCGUGAGGAUGCGCAGCUGGGGGAAAUGGGUCUCCGAAAUCCGCCACCCUCGGAAGAAGUCUCGCAUUUGGCUCGGAACUUAUCCGACCGCUGAAAUGGCGGCGCGGGCCCACGACGUGGCGGCUUUGAGCAUCAAGGGAGACUCGGCGAUUCUCAACUUCCCUCAGCUAACUGAGUCUCUGCCCCGCCCCGCUUCACUCUCGCCCAGGGACGUGCAAGCCGCGGCGGCGAAAGCCGCGGCUAUGGAGGAGCUCAGCCCGUUGUGCUCUUCUUCUACGGCGAGUACUACGGCGUCGGAUGAGCUCGGGGAGAUAAUUGAGCUGCCGAGUUUGGAGGGGCGCUACGACUCGACCGAGUCGCGGAGCGAGUUGGCGGUGGUUGACUCGGCGGACGGGCUGCAUACGCCGUGGUGGGAGUUGGAUAAGGACUUCUGCGAGUAUUUCUCCGAUGAGUUGGCCGGAGGUUGGGGGAGUUUGAUUUCAUGCAGCUUUGAAAUACGGAAAUGGGCUUGCUAAAGCGUGGACGUGUGCCUUGUGCUUUCUUGCUUGUACUUUAGAUGUAGAUGUCAUGUACGUACAAUUACACGUAUAUUGUACAAAUUACGGUUUUUCCUCCAAAAAUUAUUUCUGCUUUUUUAAAUUAUUUUUUAUUUUUGUGAGAUUUAGUUCAUCGAUUACACUGUAAAUAUAAAUGUAUACAUACUCAAAAUAUUUCCAGUA